AUGGUCUUGUACUCCCGUCUCCACAUUGUAGCUGGGAGCGAGGGCAGGAUUCGCUGGAUUCGCUGGGUUCUCUAUAUGAUCAUAUUCAACGCCAUUGUUCUUGGAAUUCCCGACAACAUCCUGGCGUUCCUCGCACACCGACCAAACGCACACGCCUCAGUCGUCGACGUUUUCUCGAUAUUCGACAAGAUACAGGUUGGGGGGUUCUUCGUCGAAGAAGUUAUUAUCUCAGCCUUUUAUAUCUACGAAACCGUACGAUUACUAGGUCCAAUUGGAGGGCGCAAACAUAAUCCACUUCGUAGGCUUCUUUCCCAUCUCAUCUUGAUCAAUAUCAUCGUUCUGAUCUUCGACGCCACACUCCUCGGCACUGAAUACUCAGGGAAUUUUAAGAUCCAGGUAACAUACAAACCUGCCAUAUACAGUAUCAAGCUGAAGCUCGAAUUCUCUGUGCUGAAUCGCUUGGUUGAUGUCGUCAAGAACAAGGAGCUCGCUGUUAGAAGUCCGAGUGACAACCGCAACUCGUUUCCACUUAAUUUUGCUACCAACACUAUGGGUUCUCCUGCAAACAGCAGAUCGAUGGAUGAUGCAGUCAUGGGCGAUCAACGACUGAGAGUCAAGACGACGGAGAUCUUUGUGGGCAGUGCCAAUAGGGGCGAUCAUGCAUUCAGCGAAUUGGAACUGGAGAAGUAA